AUGCUGCCGCCGUCCACCCAAGGGCGCGCGCCGCCGGACUUGGGUCUUUUGUCGAGGCAACUCGCUGCCGAAGUCGCAGCGGACCGGACGCUGGCAAAUCGGCUCGAACAAGAGGUCGGCCCUCUCGAACUCCGAGUUCAUCAAGCGCAGGAGGACCUCUCACUUUCACGGAUGCAGGCCAAAGAUGCCUUCGACAUCCAGCAGCGAAUGACGGACCUUGAGCGAUCUUUGGAGGGGCAGAUCCAUGCCGCGAAGGAGCAGCUGUUGCGACUUGGGGAGGAGCGGCGGCAGCUCACCGAGCUCUUCUGCAGCGGCGCGGUGGACAAGGAGCGCGCCUCCAGCUCGCGUCAACUUCUCGAACAGGUCCUCGAUGAAGAGGCGAGAGCCCUCGAGGAGACCCGGGCGGCGAACGUGUUCUUGGAAGAGUCUUGCAGAGGCUUGCUCCAACAGCUGAGCUUCUACGAGUCAGAGCGCGCGUCGUUGUCACGGGAGGUUGAGGACGAGACCGCGGCGCAGGACAGCCAUGAACAGGCAGCGCAUCAUGCCCACGCCCGAACCUUCACCGCAUUGUCUGGUCGCCCCGACCCUCGCAGCCGUCCUGGUGUUUGA